CGCCAGUAACCCCCCUUCUUCUUCUUCUUCUUCUUCUUCUUCGACUUCUCCUCCCUCCACAUGCUUCUCCCUACAAGCUCACUACAGAGAGGAGGUCCUACAGCAUGAUGGCAGCAUGCAGUUUGAAACAAAUUUUAGGGAUUGGGAUUCUUCUGGGGACAUUUGUUGUGCAAGUUCGGGGUAAUGAAGAGACGCAACUGAUUGGAAAGAUGCUCAAAGGAUAUAACAAGAACAUUCGUCCUGUCAUUCAUCCUGAGGACAAAGUGGAAGUUCAAAUCAAGCUGACCCUCACCAACCUGAUCUCCCUGAAUGAAAAGGAAGAGACUCUUACAACCAAUGUCUGGAUUGAAAUACAAUGGGUUGAUUAUCGUCUUGCCUGGAAUGCAUCCGAAUACCCUGGCAUUGAUACCAUCCGCAUCCCCAGCAAAACUGUGUGGCUCCCUGAUAUUGUCCUUGAAAACAACAUCGACGGCAAGUUUGAUGUGGCUUACUACGCCAACGUAUUGAUUUCAAGCGACGGAUCGAUAUAUUGGCUUCCUCCCGCUAUCUAUCGCAGCACGUGUGCCAUAGAGAUCACCUACUUCCCUUUCGAUUAUCAAAAUUGUACACUAGCGUUUAGAUCACAGACAUACAGUGCCAAUGAAGUGGACCUAAUUUUAGCUGUCGGAGAAACAGGCGAAAGAAUUGAAUGGGUGGACAUUGACCCUGAGGCUUUCACUGAGAAUGGCGAGUGGGCCAUUGUCCAUCGUCCAGCCAGGAAGAUGAUCGACCAAAGAUACUCCCCUGAUGAUUUGGAAUAUCAGGAGAUCAGUUUCAAUCUGGUCAUCCAGAGAAAGCCCCUUUUUUACGUGAUCAACAUCAUCCUGCCUUGCUCGCUCAUCUCGUCACUGGUCGUUCUAGCAUACUUCCUACCUGCACAAGCUGGAGGACAAAAGCUCACGGUCUCCAUCUCGGUCUUGCUCGCCCAGACUGUUUUUCUCUUUCUUAUUGCUCAAAAGGUCCCAGAGACAUCACUUUCUGUCCCCCUCAUUGGCAAGUACAUCAUCUUUGUUAUGUGCGUCACCACACUCAUCGCUACCAACCAAAUUGUGGUGUUAAACUUCUCCCUGCGCAGCCCCAGCACUCACACCAUGUCUCAUCAAAUUAAGCAUAUGUUUUUGGAGACGGUGCCCCGCUUCCUUGGUAUGCCGUCUCUGCUGGAUGACAACGAGGUGACAUCAGAGGUAGAUGGCAUGAGAGAUCGAAGACGAGACUCCUUCGGCCUCAUGCAGAGAGCAGAGGAGUAUGUGCUCAAACAGCCUCGCAGUGAGAUGAUGUUUGACAAGCAAAAAGAGAAGCACGGGCUGAUGCAAGCGAACGAUGGCAUUGACGCCAACACGACAGCCAACCUGUACAAGAGUUUAGCUCAAGCUGCACCCGAGAUCAAGCAAUGUGUGGAUGCCUGCAAUUUCAUUGCAGAGAGCACAAGACAACAAAAUAACAUAGGCUCUGAAAUUGAAAGCUGGGUACUGAUUGGGAAGAUGAUCGACAAGGUGUGUUUCUGGGCCGCCAUUCUUCUUUUCAUCAUCGGCACAGUGGGGAUCUUCCUAACGGGACAUUUCAACAGGGCGCCCGAAUGGCCAUUUCCUGGAGAGAACAACAAAUAUGCCCCAAAGUAAAAUAAAAUUAAAAAAAGAACAAUUUGAAUCUCCCGAGCCUGAGACUUCCCAAAAGCUCAAAAAAUGCUUGCCGUUGUGAGAGGAUGAUCAUAGUGAUGUGCACAUGGCUUCAAUUUACUGUGCACAACAUCAAAGAUGCAACAUCACAUCACAGCACAGCCCCUGAGAUUCCAGGCAGACUUGCGACCUUGAUCUUCAUCUCAAUGGGAGUUAUUUAGACAUAUUGAUAGGUCAGGGCUCAUUAAAACAUUUAAAUCAUUGUCAUCAUCAUACAAAUCAUGCAAGUUUUAUACGUAUACUGUGUUUGCGGUAUGAAUUAAAGCAAUACAUUCUUAAUGUUGUAUGAGGUGGUACAUGGUAAAGUUUAGUGAGGGGAGGGGUUCAUAGUUUUGGUUUUUUUUGUAGACUGUAUCAUAAUGUUGCCCUGUUUGUGUGGGCCUUUAUUGACUCAACGCGUUACCACCAAAAAAAAAAAAAAGACUGAGUUUUUCUUUGCAGUACUAUGUCUUAUUUGAAGAACGUGGGUGUGGACCUUGAGCCAGCCAGUUCAUCAAAGCCUUAUUGUUCUUAUGAUAACUUAUUUAUCAGGAUACCUUGUAGGAGGAAGAUUUACUCUGGGGAGCUAAUGCGUUGAUGUCAUUGUGCUAUGUUUUCUAAAUAAAUAAUUGAAUACAUGCAUUAUGA